AACAAUUGCUGGAGUGCCUAGUAGACAACAAUCUUCAAGACCCUUAAAGCAGAAAUGGUGCGGUCUUGCGUAUUUGGCUCCUGGUUUUUGGUGUCCCAUUAAUGAUGCCAGUUAAACCAUGUGACCAGUCAAGCCAAUCACACACCAUGGCAGCAGCUUACAGAUAGGCUCAUCUGUAGGUCAGGGAUUUCUGUAAAUGGGAUGAGGGUGAUUAGCUGGGUUUACGAUGACGUACAGUAUCUUUGUGUUUAAUCAUUCGGAUCUUUGCUGUUUGUCCUCUCUUCACAGGUAGAGCACUAUUUGCUUCACUACCUGCACACAUUGCUAGUUUUAAUCAUUGUGGAUGAAAAUCUAUUUUAAAUGUGAAUCGUGAUGACAGGGCGAUACACCUGCAUUUACUUUUAGGCCGGCCGGGUCUUUGUUUAUUAUGGGUGCGAAGACAGUCAUGAAAAUAGCCAACAAGUGCUUGCUUUACUGGAAUGGAUCACAUAUUGCACCUUGAACAGCGUUAAACAGCGUUUUUUGAUUAUUUGUGGACUUUUUUUAUAAAGAUAUCUGGACUUUUAAUAGUCAUCCAACAUGGCUCUUAUGAAGGUGAAGUUUGACCUGAAGAAACGGGUGAAGCUGGCCCAGAUGCUUUGGCUCAUGUACUGGGUCUCUGUUAUGGCCAGUGUGCUCGUCUUCAGCAUGGGCCUUUUCUUUAAAAUCGAAUUGCGCAAGAGAAGUGAACUCAUGGACAACAAUGAAAGCCAUUUUGUACCCAACUUGCUAAUUGGUGUGGGUCUUUUGGCGUGCGGCCUCAAUGCAUUUGGGGGCAAGAUCUGCUAUGAUUCGCUUGAUUCCAGCAAGUUUGCAAAAUGGAAGACCGUUUUGAAGCCCUUUCUCGUUUGUUGUUUGUUCUUCAACGUUUUUCUCGUCCUCACGGCGGUGAUGUGUUUUGCCACGCGCAUACCUCUACAGUUCACCCUUGCUGAGGGGCUGAAAAAUGGCAUGAAGUACUAUAAGGACACAGAUACACCUGGUCGCUGCUAUAUGAAACGAACUUUGGAUCUCAUGCAGAUGGAGUUUCGCUGCUGUGGCAACAACAACUAUAAAGAUUGGUUUGAGAUCCAGUGGGUGAGCAACCGUUACCUGGACUUCAGCUCCAAGGAAGUCAAAGAUCGAAUCAGCAGUAAUGUGGAUGGAAAAUACUUAAUGGACGGAGUUCCCUUCAGUUGCUGCAACCCGAGCUCACCAAGACCUUGCAUACAACAUCAAAUAACCAAUAAUUCAGCUCACUACAGCUAUGACCACCACACAGAAGAUCUUAACAUCUGGAAACGCGGCUGCCGGGAUGCCCUCGUAUCUUACUACGGCGGAAUGAUGAACACGAUCGGGAUACUUGUGCUGCUGGUUACUGCUUUGGAAGUUGCUGUCAUGAUUGGUCUACAAUAUGUAAACACCUCUCUGUCCACGCUGGUAAAUCCCGAAGACCCUGAGAGUGAGAGCGAAGGCUGGAUACUGGAGAAAACUGUCAAAGAAACCUUUACUGACAUCAUGGCUAAAAUGAAGACCAUGGGCAAAGGCAAUCAAGUGGAUGAGGGGGCACAGGAAGAGGGUGUUGCCACUGUAAGCUGAACAAGCCACACCCACAGAACUUUGGCCACGCCUACAUGAUGCAAAGUGCUGACACAGCCUGAAGUCUGAAGCUUACUGUAUAUCAUUUACACUACACAAAGUGAAGACAACGGCAGUUAGUUAAGCACCCGUGAAGAAAAAAAUGUAAAUAUAAACUGUUAGCCUUUAAUUGGUAUGGAAAUCCUUACUAGAUAAAGCACACAUUAAUAUCCAAAUAAAGAGGUGUUUUAAAUAA